AUGGCGGCAACUGCCGAGAGCGCCGUCGAGUCGCUGUUGGGCCGCCUCUCGUCGAUGCUCCUCGACGAGGCACAGCUGCUGAAGGGAGUGAAGGGUGACGUGCAGUUCAUCAAGGAUGAGACGGAGAGCAUGAACGGCUUCCUCCUGGACGUUGCCGGUGGCGGGCACCAGGUCCGGGCGUGGACAAAGCAGGUCCGGGAGGUCGCCUGCGACUCCCAGAACUGCAUCGACCGCUACGUGCAGACCUUGGGUGCCAGCCGUCCCUCGGCGGGCCUCCUGGGCUCGCUCCAGCAGGUGCCGAAGCUGGUAAAGACCAUGCCGGAUCGCUACCGCAUUGCCAAGCAGAUCCGGGAGCUCAAGGGCCGGGCGCGCGAGGUGGGGGAGCGGCGGCAGAGGUAUGGCGUCAAAGCUCCGAUGCAGAGCAGUACAGGCGCCAAUGGAGCGGGAGAUGGCGCCACCAAGACCAAGCUGGGGGAUGCGGAGGAUGCACGGAGGCGCCGUGUUUUAGCUGAUGUUGAUGACUUGUUGAACAACGACGCGCGAGAGCUCAUGGCUUGGCUCAUCAGAAGUGAACGCCAUGACCAUACUCCGCCAGUCUAUCAGCAUGUCCCUAAAUUCUUCAAGAACAUGUACGCCUCCACGUCCAAGAUGGAUGACCUGCUGCCAGAGUAUCACAGGAUGUUUAGGGGGAUAGUUGGUGAUGAAAACCCAGAGAACAUAGCUGAUGCUGCUGCCGUCUUGACCAAAGCAGGCAUAGAUAUGACGAAACACGAGAUUCGUAUGGUUGGCAGUGUGGUGAAAAAGGAAAUGAUAGAAGCAGAGGCAUUGUACACAACACAGGUCUCUCUGUGGCUGACACGAAUACUCUGCAAUGGCAUCAUUCAUGAACUAGCCGGCAAAGGCGUGUUCCGGAAACUAGCAGCAGCACUUGGCGGCGAUCGAGGACGGCUGCCUAGACUCCUCGUUGUUGUAACACCACCAGUGGAUAUCCUCAACCCAGAGGAGGACCAGCUGCGUACACACAAGCCUGCGACGGAGCUUGUAAGGAGAGUGUACGACAACGCCAAGAAGGCCAAACAUUUCGAAUGCAUGGCUUGGGUCGACGCAAGGCUCCACGCGCAGCGCAAGCAGAGGCUUCAGUGCAUACUCCAACAACUGGUGCACCCCUCAUCUGGUGAGGCAGCACAAGUCGACGAUGAGAAGGAGCUCAAGAAAAAGAUUCAGGAACACCUGAAAGGUAAAAAGUUCUUAAUUGUUCUGGCUGAUCAUGAUGAUCUCACACCAUGGGAAGACAUAACGCUAACAGAUGCUCUGCCCACUGACUACUCUGAAGACAGUGCUAUCAUAGUAACUCCCUCAAUGCAGCACCCAGUUCAAUUGCAUGUGUGGUACGCAGCCAGCUGGUUUUUCUUGGGAAGAGCCACUCACUAUAAAGUGCACUUCUAUUCUCACCUUGAUGCUCUAAACAAGAAAGCCAAUGAAUUGCUAGUCGGUAGCCACCCUAGAAAAGAUGAAGUACAUGCCAUCGUCAAGCAAAUCCUCAAGAAAUGUCGCUGGGAUGCCUUUUCCACCAAGAUGGUCCUUCAGGCUCUGUAUGCUAAUCCUCACAGAAGCAAGGCCGAGUUGGAGACACUGCUGGAUAGCAUAAGAGAGUUUAACACAGUCCCUAAUGCCCGGAACAUCAUAAGGUUAUGCUAUGAUGACCUCCCCAGUCAGUACAAGGCGUGCUUGCUAUACCUAUCAAUUUUCCCCCUAGGUUCCAAGAUCAGAAGGACAAGCUUAGUCAGAAGAUGGGCAGCUGAAAACAUCAUCACCAAAAGGUACGACCUCAGUGCAAUGGAUGAAGGUGACCGUGCUUUCAGUGCACUACUUGACCGAGGACUUCUUCUUCCUUGCCGCAUUGAUCCUGCAGACAAAGUCAAGAGCUGUACAGUGCAUCAUCAUGUCCUCUCCUUCAUUGCCGAGAUGGCCCGUGAGGACAAUAUUGGCAACACACUUCUGCCGCUAGCCUUGUCUCGCCGUCUCUCCAUUCGCAACGGAAUUCAAGUUCUAGAACUCUCCAAGAAGCAACAGGGCACACGUUCCAAUGCCUGCUGGAGAUUCCACGGGUCUUCUCGCUCCAGACGUUCAGAAGAUUCUCAAGGUCCAUUGGAUGACAUGGUCACGUUUCUCAACGUACUGCAUGAAUCUCCUCGGUUGGGAUUGAUCAAAGUGCUUGACCUGGAAGACUGCACUGGACUGAAGAACCGCAACCUCAAGAACAUAUGUAACAAGAUAUUUCAGCUCAAGUAUCUGAGUGCAAGGAAGACAAGCAUCACCGAGCUGCCCAAGGAGAUCAGCAAGCUCCAAGACUUGGAGACACUUGACAUCAGGGAAACCAAGAUAAAAUCGUUCCCUGCAAAAGCAACUCUGCCACCAAAGCUAGUGCAUCUGCUUGCUGGUGACAUUUACCGUCCAUCUAACAAUGACACUGGAUCUACUGAAUCAUAUUCCACCAUCCAUAUGCCUCCUGGGAUUGGGAGCAUGACAAACAUGGAGAUACUAUCCCAUGUUGCAGUUUCCGAGAGUGCAGAUGAGCUGCAGCAUGUUGGCCAGCUGCAGCGGUUGAGGAAACUGGGUCUAGUUAUCCAUGGCAACAGCGACAGGCUGCUCAGUAUUUUGCUUAGAGUAAUCUGGAAGCUUGAAUGCCUAUACUCUUUGUCAGUCCAUAUUGAGGCCGGUGGCAAGGAUGCUGACAUGAACACGAAGGGCAUAACAAUCUCGCCUCCCAAGUCUCUUGAAAGACUUAGCAUCAGUGGCAACAUCAGCGAACUGCCUAGAUGGAUUGAAGAGCUUCCUCAGCUUUCCAAGAUAACGUUAUGCCGUACCUCCUUGACAGAGAGUGAUAUACAGUUCUUAGGUAAACUUGUGAACCUGCGCUACAUCAGGCUCCGCCAUGAGUCAUAUACUCCAAAGAAGCUUACUUUCAAGGAGAAAGAAUUCAAAAGACUUGAGUUUCUUAUCAUCGAGGGCACAAUAAUCUCCGACAUCACAUUUGAACAGUAUGCAGCCAGUCAGCUCGAGAAGAUGGUUUGGACGCCCACCAGCAUGGUAAAGCUAUGUGGAUUGGAACACCUCCUAAGACUACAAAUGGUUAAGAUCAACGGCAAUUGCAACAUGGAUGACAUCAACAUGGAAGCACAUCCAAAUCAUCCUAUCCUGGAAAUCAUUGAGGCCAAUGCUACUGCUACCGCCAGCAACGCUCCUGCUCUGCAGUAG